AUGUCGAAUACCGUCAACAGAUCGACCAACCCCGUGAGACCGGCACCCCUAGCAUGCCUAGAAUGCCGCCGGAAACAUCUCAAAUGUGACGGUGGCACGCCGGUCUGCGGAAGGUGUCGUAAAGCGCAGUCUGAUUGCCAAUAUACCCCUUCCCGUCGAGGGUACAAGCCGAGCUCCAAACCAUCGGCAGCGCCUUCAACCGUUAGCGGGACUCCGCGCCCUGAGAGAGCGAUUGUGUCCCCGAUUAGUUCAGCCCAGUCACCGUUUUCGAUUCCGUCUUUGACCAUGCCGGGCAUUCCUCCCUCCCAGUCACUGGAUCGACUAGGGCUGACAUCGACGGACCGACCUUCUUUAAACCCAAAUAUCUUCGCCUUGCCUAGCAAUUCCUCGUAUCCCCAGGGAGACGACUUUCUUUUUGAUUACUACUACGCAUUCUUCCACGACGCUCACCCGAUCCUUCCUCCAGCGCAUUUGCUACCUCGAAUAGCACCGAUUCCACCAUGCCUGCAAGCGGUUGUCAGGUUUAUCGGCGCCCAUUACACACUCGACCCGUCCGCUGAUUUGUACCGGGAUUCUGUCGUGUCAGAACUGGCAGCGGCCAACGAGCCAUCCUUUUACAAGGUUCAAGCUCUUCUUUUGCUUUCGAUUGUUCUGCAUGCGCGAAACGAGCGCAGCGAUGCCGUGGAUUCCUUUUCAACUGCUGUAGAGCUGGCUCUCGGCAUGGGUAUGAACAGAGCGUCGUUCGCAUCGACCCUUGGCGAGAACGAUCCCGUACGGAUAGAAACUCUGCGUCGUACAUGGUGGGAGCUCUACAUGGUCGAUGGAAUGUUUUCUGCUUUUGACCAGAUGCCUUCCAGAAUCAACAACGCAUCUCGGAUCCUGAAACGAACGCUCGAUCUCGGAUACGUCAUCGAUGAUUAUCAACUCGGUGAUCAAGUCGAGUCCAUCGAUGCCAGCAUUGGAAGCUGGUUCCACCACCUACCUAUCUCCAAACGAAACAUCCUUGGGCCCGAUGGAACGGUCGACCAACUGCUUUUUCGAGCGCACAUGAUUAUCAAUUGCGCGUUGAUAUACCUCCACCUCCCCCGCUCAAACCUCCUGGCAACCCCAACCGCCGUCGCCAGCAUCCCUUGCGCCCGACGCGGCCUCUGCAUCGCAGCCGCAUCCUCUACAAACCUCACUCACGCCGUCAAAUCCAUCAAAGCCGCCAACGACCUUGCCGCCCUCGCCGCACUCCGCACCUCAGUAAUCAAACACUCGCCAUUCUUCAUCUGCGGCCUUGUCCUCAGCGCCAUUGUCCAGCUCUGUGCAUGCUCCGUCAGAGCGUCGAAUUGCCUGGAGCCGCGCCGGGAUCGAAUCGCCUUGAUUGUAGGGGAGCUCAAGUCGCUGAAUGCCACGUGGGCGAUAUCGCAGUUGGUGAUGAAGCAGAUCAAGCUGGUUGCGAGAGAAGUACUGGAGAUCGGAGUUCAACAGCCGAUAUUCCCGGCUUUGGAGGACCAGGGACCGGAUAUCAGUUCGAUUAUCAGCAGUGACAUGUGGCUGGGGGACAUUCCGAUUGAGCAAUGA